CAAUGCGAUUGUUUGUUUUGUUUGUGAAGUGGGCUGUUCAAUAAAUUUAUGCUUUAGUUACUUUGCCCAUAGUUCAAUAAGUAAAAAAAAUAUGUUCCCUGGAAAUUAACCGGAAGUCCACGGUUUCAUUGGCUGCAUCCGUUGACGUCAAAUUGUAUAAAUAAAUAGCAUCUGCUUAAUGAUAAUAAAGUCUCAAUACAAAAGUUCAAAUUUUUCAAAUGCAAAUUAAGCAGCUAACGUGAAAGGAAAACUCUAGCAUUGAGAGCAUAGAGAGUGAAUAGUAAACAGCACACAACUGUAUGCGGCAUCGUUGAACAUCAAUCAAGCUUAAGUGCUAAAAUGGCUGGGAUAAAAAAGAUCUUACUAAUUAGCGGGAAAAGAAAGUCGGGGAAAGAUUACCUUUCUAGCACACUUCAGAAUUUAUUCAGUGAUCGUAGUCAAAUAAUUCAUAUUUCAGCACCCAUAAAGGCUGAGUGGGCAAAGCGACUUAAUCUAAACUUGAAAGAAUUGUUGAGCGAUGGCCCGUACAAGGAAAAAUAUCGGAAAGAUAUGAUCGAAUGGAGUGAUUCGGUGCGUGCCAAAGACUAUGGCUACUUCUGUCGCGCGGCAAUGUUGGAUGCGAAUGCUGAAAUCAUAAUCGUUAGCGACAUACGCCGCAAGUCGGAUAUUAAUUACUUCCGUGAGACUUACGGUCCACUUGUAUUUACUAUACGUAUUAAUGCCAAGGACGAAAUACGUACCGAACGAGGUUGGAUGUUCACAAGUGGUAUCGACGAUGUUGUAUCCGAAUGUGAUUUAGACGAUUAUCAGCAAUGGGAUCUUGUCUUGGAGAACAAUUGUGUGUCAGAUGGCGAGACAUGUAUCAAAGAUAUACGAACGACAUUUGCACUCUAAUAUGAAUACAAGGUGGCGCAAAAUUAUUCACCCUAUCGAAAUUUAUAAUUUUGUAAAUAGUUUCGUACAUAAAUACAAAAAUUAGCAAAAUCAGUCACCUUAUCGAAAGAUUUUUAAUUUUUGUAAAUAGUUGCGUGUACGUCAAACAUAUUUGACACUUGUAAAGUAGACAAACGGACAAGCAUUAGAAGGCGUAAAGGUCAAAAUAAAGAUUUUCAUCACUCAAAAACAUUUAAUUUUUUAUUAAAGUUUUUGAAAAACAAAA